UCAAACUCACUCGGCCAUUUUUAGUGAUCUUGCUCACUAGUUUUCAACGAUCAUUGACUGAUUAGUUGUGACAAAGGAGUGUUGACUAUUCUACUGUUGUUUGUUGUUGAAUUAUUGAUCGAAUAAUUAUGCCAAAGAGUAAGAAGAGGAAAGGUUACUUACUUGCGAGGGAGAAGGCCGUAAAACUGAAGAAUGGGCUGAGUGCAACAAAAACAUCAACAGAGAAAACUCCGAAGCUCUUGACCAAUAGUAAAAGCUCGGGAAAUGAUUCCUCGAGAUCAGAGACUUCCUCAGGGAAGUCUAAUGCAUCUGAAGACGUCGAAAUUAUCGACAGACAAGCCCCGAAGGGAGAAGCCCCCGCAGCAUCCCAGGGGCGUAACGAUGUUAACAUGAACGACAAUGACUUGGGCUAUGCCAUGAAGGAGAUUGAUCAGAACAUGCACAAAUUGUUUGAUCGUAUUAGAUACUCUGAAGACGCUGUCUCGACACUUCCCAACAGGUCCUGGGCCAUUCACUGUACUGAGCUUCCAGUUAAGAAGAUUGUUGUCAGUGAGAUGAUUAUGCAUAAUGUUGACGGCAGUGGAUUGGAGCCUUUUUAUAUUAAACAGAUUGUUUUCGACGAGAAGUUAAACUUCGAUAUCUUCCUCUUGAAUUCACGAACAGUAUUAAAAGACAAGCCCUCGUCGAUCCACAGCAUGGAAGAUUUCGAGACCCUCCUGGAUCACGUUCAAAGUCUGAAAUUAUGCUCAGGAGGUCCUGACUACCAGCUGUACAGCCACAUAACUCCAGAGUGUGCCUACAAGGAUCCGACCAACAAAUGGCGCCACAAUCUCUGCACACUUGAAGUAAACGACUGUGACACCUGUGAAUCCUGUCUGUCCCUCGAUGACAUCCUCAAGCGUCACGCUCAAAGAGUCAAACCCUCGGUCAAGCACAAAAAUGGAAUCGCCAUGACGAGGCGGAAGAGGCCUGGACAGUCCAAGGACACUUAGAACUUCAUUUAGCUUUACACUCUGUGAUGCAUUUAAGGAAAAUUAAUACUUAAUUCCGAUUCUUUCAGGUUGAUUUGUAAAAUUGACUGCAGAUUAACACGAUAUUUGUUCAUGUAAAUAAUGUUUUUUGCCUCCACUUCUUCCACAACGUAAAUGUAAAUAAAAAGUAACGUUCGUUGAA